GCGACUGAGACUGAGACUCACCCGAAAGAUCAAAAAGAAGAUUGAAGAAUAUGUCGUCGGGGGAUUGGGAUUUGUUGGAGUGGAUCCGUGAACAUCUUCUGGAGGAGAAAAUGGAUCCGGAUCCGGAUCCAGCUGCAUCAAAUGCAAAUGCAAAUGCAAAUGCUAAUUCUAAUUCGGAGGUGGGAGGGAAAGGGAGUGAAUUGGGAGUUGGAGUGCAGCAGUUCAAGGGAGUGAGGCGGAGGCCAUGGGGCAAAUACGCGGCGGAGAUCAGAGACCCAAACAGAAAGGGGGCCAGAACCUGGCUGGGCACCUUCCACACCGCCGAGGAUGCAGCAUUGGCUUACGAUCGAGCGGCUUUCAAGAUGCGAGGAGCCAAGGCCAAGCUCAACUUUCCUCAUCUCAUUGAUUCUAAUUCCCAACCCCAAUCCCUCGCUUGUAAUACUAAUAAGCGCCCCAGAUUCCCCACCCAUCAAACUUCAACUUCCCAACGCCGCUGAAUUCAACCCCAGCACACAACAAUAAUCCACUUGUUUCUCUUCUUUCUUAGCACUUCAAUGCAAAUUCCAUUUCGAGGGGAGAUCGUAUCUCAUUAUGCAUUAUGCAUUAUGCAAUGUGAAUCAAAUAUGUUUUACUUUUUUGAAGAAGAAGAUUAAAAAGUAUCUGAAUCAAAUCAGGCAUUACCUUGAUCUUGUAAGGAACACGUGCUAGCACGAUUAUUAAUCUAAUUAAAAUAUUUACAUA